AUGGUUAGUAAAGCACAGAUAGGACUACUGUGUACAGUUGCAGGUGUUGGUGCACUCAUUGUAUUUAUUCAUAAUGAUCAAAAUGACGCUAGAUCCGUAAGUUAA